UGAAGCCAGCAAGACAAGCCUCGUGUCUCCUCUUACUGCCCCAUGUGAUGUCUUGCUUCGUUCAUCAUCCCCUCGUUUUCUACUCUUCAAAUCUUCUUCACGAUUUUCAGUUUUCAAUUCAACCAACAGAAGACACCCAUUUUCAAGUAGCAGAAAGAGGAGGAACGAAUUCCAUAGCACAAAGGGUUUGUCACUUCUCUUUCAGCAUCAAAGAGGGCUUUAGAGGCCCCUGAAAAGCAGCAAAUCCGUGGACCUACAUGGAAUACCAGGCUAAUUAUUCGAUUUGGGAUGGGGUAUACUACCACCCACAUCUUUUCGGUGGCAUUAUGCUAACGGCCGCGCUUCUCGGUUUUUCAACAAGUUAUUUUAGCGGUAUGGCCAGUUUUCCUACUUUGCCAUACAUGUUGCCUUAUUUGGGAAAUCUUCAGAAGCAAAAAGGCAGCAAGAAACAUAUUCGUGUUUACAUGGAUGGGUGUUUUGAUCUUAUGCAUUACGGGCACGCAAAUGCUUUGCGACAAGCUAAGGCUUUGGGCGAUGAGUUGGUGGUUGGACUUGUAAGUGAUGAAGAAAUCAUAAACAACAAAGGUCCUCCGGUUUUAUCUAUGGAAGAGAGGCUGGCACUUGUUAGCGGAUUAAAGUGGGUCGAUGAAGUCAUUGCUAAUGCACCAUAUGCGAUUACCGAAGAGUUCAUGAACCGUCUUUUUAACGAGCAUAAGAUUGAUUAUAUCAUACAUGGGGAUGAUCCUUGCCUACUUCCUGAUGGAAGUGACGCAUAUGCUCUGGCAAAGAAAGUUGGUCGUUACAAGCAGAUCAAACGCACGGAAGGAGUCUCAAGCACAGACAUUGUAGGAAGGAUUCUCGCGUCUAUGGAGGAUAUAGAAGUUAAUAGAGAACGUAAUGGAAUGAAGAGUAAUCUGGAUAACCAUAGCCAAUCUAAACAUGCUUCUAACUUUUUGCCUACGUCAAGAAGAAUUGUGCAAUUUUCAAAUGGCAAGGGGCCUGGACCAAAUGCUCGUGUGGUGUACAUUGAUGGAGCAUUUGAUCUUUUUCAUGCUGGGCAUGUUGAGAUUCUAAAGAGUGCACGCCAGCUUGGAGAUUUUCUACUAGUGGGCAUCUAUACCGAUCAAACUGUUAGCCAACACCGAGGGUCUCAUUUCCCACUAAUGCAUCUGCACGAACGCAGUCUCAGUGUUCUGGCCUGUCGAUAUGUCGAUGAAGUCAUCAUUGGUGCUCCAUGGAAAAUCACAAACGACAUGAUCACGACUUUUAACAUCUCCUUGGUCGUGCAUGGAACCGUUUCCGAGAGCGACUCUUCUCUCAACGGCUUUGUAGAUCCUUACAAGGUUCCGAAAAAUAUGGACAUUUUCAAGACAAUUGAAAGCCCGAAAAACAUCACCACCACUUCCGUGGCGCAAAGAAUAAAAGCCAAUUAUGAGAUAUACGAGAAGCGAAAUGCGAAGAAGGAAGCUAGUGAGAAGAAAUUUUACGAAGAUAGGAAGUAUAUUUCUGGGGACUAAUCUAUUCUUUUGUCAAAUAUGGUGUGAAGAUGGAGAUAAUAGAUGCCAAUAUUGUUUUACUAUACUUUUUUGAGCGUUAGAAAGAAUAUAGAUCUAGGUCAGAAAUUGCCUUAGCUUUUGUAACAUCUUCUUUGAGAGAUUUUAGAUGCUAACCCCAUCCUGAUCUUUGUGAACAUAUAACUAAUCAGAUCUUCAUCUUUCUAUUGUGUAAACAAUCAUUUACAUC